AUGAAUUACAUUAAGACCACUCUAUGGGGACCUGACCCGAAAGAGCAGCAUCGUAAGCUAAAGUCUAUCCUUAGGAAGAACGACAGGCAGCUUAACAAAUCCUUAAAUGAACUUUCCUCUUUGAAGUCCAAGACGCAGAAUCUUAUCAAGCAGGCAGCUAAGAAGAAUGACAUCAAGACCGUACGUUUGUAUGCAAAGGAGCUUUACCACGUGAACAAGCAAUAUGAUAGAAUGUACACUUCCAAGGCGCAGUUACAAUCAGUUGGCAUGAAGAUCGAAGAAAGUUUCCAAAUGAACAAGUUACAAGACAAGAUGGCACAGAGUGCUGUUUUGAUGAGGGAGGUAAACUCAUUGGUACAACUCCCACAAUUACGUGCUACCAUGAUGGAUUUGGAGAAAGAAUUGGUGAAAUCUGGUAUUAUCACUGAAAUGAUGGACGACACUAUGGAGCCAUAUGAGGAUGUGGAAGAAGAAGAGGAGGUGAACGAACAAGUGGAACAGAUAGUAGCACAGUACACCAGUGAGAAAUUGGAUAAGGUUGAAGAUGCUCCAAAUGUUGUCCUAUCUGCUCCAGAACCGGAACAAGAGAUAUCUACUGAGAACCAAGAAGUUGUACCGGAGUCUAAGAUAGAUAGCGAAGCUGAUGAUAUGAUUAAAGCAAUGAAGGAAAGGUUGAAUGCCUUGCAAGGAUAA